AGCUCAUUCAUUGUUAGCGCCUCAUUAAUACUCAGUCCACGGGAUUUAUUUCUCAGCAUGAGUUCGAGUGCACAGACUGCCGAAGAGUGCUGAAGUUUGAGAGUCUGAAUGGGAUUUCACUGUCAAAUGUACUUCUUUUCUUAAGCAAGUUUCAGGUGUGAAGCAGUGAGUCAUUUCAUAGUAAACACCUGCACCAGUAUAAAUGAGUUAACCUCACUACAUACCGGACAAGACCCCUAUUCAUCCAUAUACAUUCAGCUGGAAUCAUUAGAUGUGGGAAAAAAACACAAUGUUCUCGAUCUGCCAAACCUGCCUCAGAGGAAUCUACAGUUGUCAAAGGAACAGUCAAAAUAGAAGACAAAAUAGGGCUUGCUGCUGGUUCUCCUUUCUGUCUUUUGUGUCCAUACUUGCCUUGAGUUGGAUGUACGUUUGUUUUAUUGCCUUCAACGACCGUGAUGGUGUAAACUGGGAAGCCUUCAAAACAUUAAAAAAAUGGGUGAACUGGUACAUGAUAGUGAUGGUCGUUUCUGUUGUGCUGGCCACAUACUGCCUCCUUCUACUGGUAUUUGGAUUACUGCAUUUAGCCAUCAGAGAGCCCUUGAAUUUACAUUGGCUGCAUAAGGUGUUUCUGUUUUUAGGUCUCCUCACUGUUACUUUAGGCACAGCUGGAUUUUGUAUAAAAUGGAAAGAUGAGUGGAAAACUGUCUAUAUGUCAUUUCAGGCCACUGCUCCUUUCCUGCAGCUGGGUGCUGUGGUGGCUUUGACCUUGAUCAGCUGGCUGGUGUUCCAGAGUUAUCAUAGAGCAAAAACAGCUGCUUGUAAGGUUUUUAUAAUGAUGACCUUCCUGGUAGUGUCGGCUGCUGUGUUCCUCUGUCCUAUUGCAAUCUGCUCUCCAUGCAUUACCAAUAAUCUUCCCCCAAAACCGGCCCUCGUCGGCCACCGUGGUGCUCCGAUGAUGGCUCCAGAAAACACCAUGAUGUCAUUCAGGAAGAGUAUGGAGUGUGAUGUGGUGGCAUUUGAAACAGAUGUGCAACUCAGUAAGGACAUGAAGCCUUUUCUUAUGCAUGACAAUGGUUCAAGCUUUCUGCUGCGAACAACUGAUGUGAAGGAUAAGUUUUUAGGUCGAGAUGGCGACACAAACACUAACUUCACAUUGCAAGAGUUACAGACUUUAAAUGCAGGCGAAUGGUUUGUAAGGACAGAUCCAUUUCGGUCAGUGUCAUCGCUCUCAAAGGAAGAGAAGAUGGAGGCUAACAACCAGACUGUGACGUCUCUUUCUGAGCUCUUAGUCAUGGCCAAAAAGCAUAAUGUCUCCCUCAUAUUUGACCUAAAAAAUGAGAAAAAUUCAACAGGAUUCCACAACAGUGACUCCUACUACACCACUGAAACGAUAAAAAAAUCAGGCAUCUCACCAGAAAAGAUAUGGUGGCUUACUCCAGAAUAUAGAAACGAUGUGAGAAAAAUUGCACCAGGGUUCAAGCAGGUGUAUCAUAAUGAACAAGACAUGAAUGCGGAUGGUGGAAGCUUUCUGAAUAUGAACUACAAUUCAUUGAGUGCUCACAACAUAAGUGAUCUGCGGAAAAAAAACGUGUCCGUGAAUCUGUGGGUUGUGAAUGAGCGCUGGCUCUUCUCAUUACUCUGGUGCUCCGGGGCCAGUUCAGUGACCACCAAUGCUUGCCACAGCCUCAAAAACAUGUCUAAGCCUGACUGGCAUCUGGAGCCUAAUAUCUACAUGGGAAUAUGGAUCUCGGUUGAUGUGAUAUCAUUGCUGUUGAUGUUUGGCCUGUUUCUCUGGCAAAGGAGGAGGAACCAUGUUUUUCGUCGGAAUAUAAACGAGAGAAGUGUACCCCUGCUUCCUCACUGAAUGAUGCCAGGGCAGUUCCUUUGUUCACUUUUUGAAGGACUGUAUGUGGGCAUUGUAAAAAAAACACACCAUAUUAAAUGUUAUGCAGUAAAUUCAAAUAAUUUGUGCUUUUAAUGUGGACUGCAUAUACAAGACAUUGUUUAAUUUGAGAAUUUCUAUAUUUCCUCAUUAGGGCAGCAUUAUUGUGCAGUGCUGCCACCUCUUGACAGAGCUAUGUCAGCAGAACUGCAACUUUUCUUAAAAUGACAAGACUUUUUACAAGGGUUGUUUACUUAUGUGACACUUUGUGAGAUAUUUUUGUUCAUUUUAAAGUGUUGGACCUGUCCCGAACCUUAACCAUGUUCAGUGUCAAUAGCAGAAAAAGUGUUUUGCAAUGCAACCUGAGCACAAUAAGUAUAGUCAAAGACACCUUGUGUUUAAAUAAACAAAAUUUUUAUAUAGAUAUGUACAUAUUUUUAAUUGCAAUUUUUUUUUUAAUAGUGGGUUUUUUUUUUUUGGCAAAUGGGCAUUCAAGACAAAAUAAGAGGUGGUCUAUGUAUAACUGUAUUGUUGUGUGUUUGUUUAAAAAGCAUAUGGGAGAUCAGGAUUGGUUGGACAUAAGAUCUGUACAGGGUUCACUUUGGGGUCAUAAUAUUUAGGUGUUGCUACAAAACUGAAUGUUUGCCCUUUUGACCUAUUUUGGUUCUAUAAAGACAUCUAUAAAAUUACUUUAUAUAAAUGUUAGUAAUGGGAGACAUUUUUUCAUUUGUUGUACAGUUUGGAUACCUGUGAUUAAUUAUGCUUUCCAGCUGACAUCAUUUAUUGCUAAUAUAAUAAUUAUUAUAAUUCAUGAUAUUAUUAAUUUUUACAUCUUUUGCUCAUCAAAGUGCCCGUUUAUACCUUUUAUACCAUACAAGUAUGUAAUGUUUCAAGAAUCAUUCACUGAAAACCCCAUAUGGAUUGACCUCAGCCACAAGUGCACAACUCCAGUCAACUCCAGUUUUUACAUUUUAAUUUUAUAAGGAAAUAUUUUGUGAUGCUGAAUGUGAGAUUUUCAUCAAAUGAAAAAGAAUCGACCAGCCAAUUUUUAAUGUGAAUCCCUUGUAUAAAAAUGGUAAAAGCUAUUGUUGUUUCGUAAUCUUUCUGUUUGUAUGAUGUAAAUAUAAUAAAGCAAAAGUUUCAAUUAAA